AUGCCAUUCCUCCCAAAGGACGCUGGAUUUGAUGGGUUGUCUCUCCUCUACUGGACGAUCAUGGGCCCGCAUGGCAUCAACCGAGCCGUACAGAGGCUGGAGUUCUGCGACUGCAAGAAGGGACUCGGUGUGAAGAUAAUCGGAGGUUACCGAGGGAUGACGGGAGAAGAGUUUGGCAUCUACAUCAAGCGGGUGAUAGCCGGUGGGUUGGCAGCCCUGGACGGUCGACUUAAGUCAGGUGACCUGAUUUUGGAUGUCAAUAACAUCGGUCUGAUGGGGGCGACCAAUGAGAGGGCGGUGGAGAUCCUGAGGACCGCCUCGCUCUCUAAUCACAUGUCCCUUUUGAUCGCCAGAGACGAUGAAUCCAGGAGGGAGUUUGCUGAGCUGAUGGAGAAGUACGGCUCCAACAACAUCUCAUCUUCAGGAAGAAUCUCUCCGACUCAGCUCUCCUCAGUGAAGCUGACAGACACGGCCUCCUCCUCCUCCUCCUCCCGGUCUGAGAGCCCCCAGCUUCUGAGUCCUAAAGAGGGGGUCACAGCCUACUCCCACAACAACCCCCCCCAAAGCAUGCACACGCCCACGCAGGCCUUCAGUGACAGCGGCAUUCAGUUGAUUUGCGUUGCCAAGGGUAAGGGCCUGGGCCUCGUCAUCAAGGGAGGAGCCAACCGUGCAGAAGGACCAAUGGUGUUCAUUCAGGAACUAAUGGCUGGAGGAGACUCCCAGAAGGACGGCCGGCUGCAGGUCGGAGACCAGCUGGUGUCCAUCAACAAAGAGUCUCUGAUCGGAGUGACGUACGAGGAGGCCCGGAGCAUCCUGACCCGCACCAAACUCAGACCGGACCCCACGGUGGAGAUUGCCUUCAUCAGGCGGAGGUCGUCCUCCAGCUCCAGCAGCGGGCCUCACAGCCCCGUCUCCCUGCAGGGGUCCGGAGGUGGAGGUGGGCCCCAGACGAGGGCCCCCGUGCCUCUGCAGCCGGUCGUGGUCACCAAGAUCACCUCCAACAGAAACCCGGCCUGUGAGACUCUGCCAGCGGUCAACGUCAGCCAGGUGCGAGUGUCUCCAGCCAAAACAGAGCCGACACGUGUUUCCUCCCCACCAGAGAGCGACGGCAUCAUCGCUGAUACAAACCCCGAAUCCUCCAGCAGUCAGCAGCUUCCUCUCAGGAGAUGUCGCCUCAAACUGGAGAGACUUGAUCAGGCUCUGGAUCUGCUCGCUCUGAAGCCGUCGGAGGCUCAGCGACAGGCGCUCCGGUCCAGACUACGAGCUGAUCCAGCAGGGACGGUGGCCUUCACAGACUUUGAGAGCCACAUCAGGGAGCUGUUCAAGCCUCAGCUGGAGGAGCUGGCCGUCACCCAGCCGAGGUUCAUGUCCAGCGACCUGUCCGGCUUGUUGGAGUCCCCCACCGAGCCGCGGCCGUCAGCGUCAGACUCGGAGGACCUGGAAGAGAUGGAGAGGCUGAGGAAGGAGCACAUUGAGGCUCUGAGGGAGAUCAAGAGGCUGCAGGUAAACAACAACAACAACAACAACAACAACAACAACACACCAGGGCCCCGUUCUUCGUACGUGGCUAACUGA